AUGGGUCUGGUUGAGGCCAACGGAGACCGCGAGGGUGAAGAAAAGGACAUCGCCACCAGCGAGGAGACGAGAGAAGAAGAGGUUCAUGAGCUGGCCAGAGAAUUCACGAAACAGAGCACUUAUUCCACAGCUGGACAUAAUCCCUUUGCUGCCGAGCCCGGAUCGAGCCUGGAUCCCAAUGGCGAAAAGUUCAAUGCCCGAGCCUGGUGCAAGGCCAUGCUGCAGAUGCACACUGAAGACAACAAGGCACAUCCGCCGCGGUCUCUCGGUGUAGCUUUCAACGACCUGAAUGUGCAUGGCUUCGGCUCCGAUACCGAUUAUCAGAAGAGCGUCGGCAACGUCUGGCUGGAGGCCGUCAGUCUGGCGAGACAGGCCCUAGGCGGGCGUCAGCGCAAGAUCAACAUCUUGCAGAACCUGGAUGGACUGGUAGAGGCCGGAGAGAUGCUCGUUGUUCUUGGUCCGCCUGGGUCAGGAUGCUCGACUUUCUUGAAGACCAUCGCCGGAGAGACAUACGGCCUUUAUGUGGACAAGAACUCUAACAUUAAUUACCAAGGUGUAAGUGCAAAGCAAAUGGCCAAGCAGUUCAGGGGAGAAGCCAUAUACACCGCCGAGGUCGAUGUCCAUUUCCCUAAGCUCACCGUUGGAGAUACGCUCUUCUUUGCUGCCCGGGCCAGAGCACCACGCCACAUCCCCGGGGGAGCAACUGUGAACGAGUAUGCUACCCACAUGAGAGACGUCAUCAUGGCCAUUUUUGGCAUCAGUCACACCAAGAAUUCCAUCGUAGGAAACGACUUCAUUCGUGGUGUUUCCGGUGGAGAGCGCAAACGAGUCAGUAUUGCGGAAGCCUGCCUUAGUAUGGCGCCUCUACAGUGCUGGGAUAAUUCCACUCGUGGCCUGGACAGUGCCAACGCCGUGGAGUUCUGCAAGACCCUGCGCAUGCAGACAGACAUCAACAAUGUCACGGCCUGUGUUUCCCUUUACCAGGCUCCCCAGGCCGCCUUCGACUACUUCGAUAAGGUCCUGGUUCUAUACGAGGGUCGCCAGAUCUACUUUGGUCACACGGCCGCCGCUAAGAAAUAUUUCCUUGAUAUGGGGUUCAUCUGCCCUGACCGACAGACUGAUGCCGAUUUCCUUACUUCCAUGACUAGCCACCUCGAACGCGUUGUCAAGCCAGGCUAUGAAGGCCGUGUGCCUCGGACGCCUGAUGAAUUCGCUGCACGGUGGAAAGCAUCACCGGAGCGAGCACAACUUGUACAGGCCAUCGAGGCUUAUAACACGAAGUUUGCACCCGACGGCGAACACCUUGACAAGUUUAAGCAAUCUCGAAGAGCUCAGCAAGCCAAAGUCCAGCGCGUAUCGUCACCCUACACUCUCUCGUAUACACAACAGAUUAAGCUAUGCUUAUGGCGCAGUUUCCAACGAUUGAAGGGCGAUCCAAGUAUCACCGUUUCUUCGUUAAUCGGAAACUUAAUUAUGGCUCUCGUCAUCUCUAGUAUCUUUUACAACCUCAAGGGCGAUACCAACAGCUUCUACCAACGCAGUGCUCUCCUCUUCUUUGGCGUUCUCAUGAACGCCUUUAGUUGCGGCCUUGAAAUGCUUACCCUUUACGCUCAACGAGGAAUUGUAGAGAAACACUCUCGAUAUGCCCUCUACCACCCGUCUGCCGAAGCAGUCGCAUCUAUGCUGAUGGAUUUGCCAUACAAGAUCACUAAUGCUAUCGCCUACAAUCUGCUACUCUACUUCAUGACUAACCUAAGACGCGAACCUGGUGCAUUCUUCUUCUUUUUAUUCAUUACGUUUAUCGUAACUCUGACCAUGUCCAUGUUCUUCCGGUUCAUUGCAUCGGUAACGAGAUCCCUUGUCCAAGCCCUGCCCUUCGCCGCGAUACUGGUUCUCGGUCUUAGUAUGUACGCUGGUUUCGCUAUUCCGAUACAGUACAUGCAUGGAUGGGCCCGCUGGAUUGGAUACAUCAACCCUAUCAGUUAUGGCUUUGAGUCUAUAAUGGUCAACGAGUUCAACAACCGCGAUUUCCUUUGUGUCAGCUACGUCCCUUCGGGGCCUGAUUACGCGGAUGUCGGUUCUAACAACCAUGUUUGCUCUGCAAUUGGAUCAAUUCCUGGAAAGCCCUACGUCAAUGGCGCCGACUAUAUUAGGUUAGCCUACAGCUAUACAGCCUCAAACAAGUGGAGAAAUGUUGGCGUUAUAUUUGCCUACAUGUUCCUUUUCAUGAUUGUCUAUCUAAUUGCUGCCGAAAAAGUCACCGAAAAGAAGCCGAAGGGUGAGAUCCUGGUGUUCCGCCGUGGACACAAGGCCCUGAAGAAAAGCAAGUCAGAGGAGGACCUCGAAGGCGGUAGUGGUCGCAGUGUCGUUUUGGAGAAGAAUCGAUCAGACGAGCUUGCCAUAAUCGAACGCCAGACUGCUAUCGUCCAAUGGAAAGAUGUUUGCUACGAUAUCAAGAUCGGAAAGGAGGAUCGCAGGAUUCUCGACCAUGUCGACGGAUGGGUCAAACCAGGAACAUUGACUGCGCUUAUGGGCGUUUCAGGUGCUGGAAAGACCACAUUAUUAGAUGUUCUGGCUACUCGUACCACUAUGGGUGUUAUCGGUGGAGAGAUUCUCGUUGACGGCAAACCUCGCGAUGAAUCCUUCCAGCGCAAGACCGGGUACGCUCAGCAACAAGACCUACAUCUAAGUACAUCUACAGUUCGCGAGGCCCUUACCUUCUCUGCUCUUCUACGCCAGCCUGCGCAUGUUCCUCGUCAAGAGAAGAUUAACUAUGUCACGGAAGUUAUUAAGCUCCUGGAAAUGACCGAGUAUGCUGAUGCUGUUAUUGGUGUACCUGGAGAAGGGCUCAACAUUGAGCAGCGCAAACGCCUUACAAUCGGUGUAGAGCUUGCUGCUAGGCCGGCUUUACUUCUCUUCCUGGACGAACCUACCUCUGGUCUUGACUCUCAGACAUCAUGGGCUAUCCUUGAUCUCCUGGAUAAGCUGAAGAAGAAUGGCCAGGCUAUCCUUUGCACUAUCCAUCAGCCUUCUGCCGUUUUGUUCCAGCGAUUCGAUCGUUUACUCUUCCUUCAGUCUGGUGGUCGUACCGUUUAUUACGGAGAUAUUGGCGAAAACUCACAGAUACUUAUUGAUUACUUUGUGCGCAAUGGCGGACCUCCAUGCCCUCCCGCUGCCAACCCCGCGGAAUGGAUGUUGGACGUUAUUGGCGCUGCACCUGGAUCCCAUACUGAUAUCGACUGGCACAAAGCAUGGCGCAACUCCCCCGAAUAUGCACAUGUUCAAGAACAUCUCGCUGAACUGAAAUCAGAACGUUCCCAACAGGUCGACCUUACCCGCACCGUUUCUGGCCAGAUGCGAGAGGAUAAGGCCAGCUACCGCGAAUUUGCCGCUCCCUUUAGUGAACAGCUCCGCGAAGUUCAGCUCCGAGUAUUCCAGCAACUCUGGCGUUCACCCACUUAUAUCUACUCCAAGACAGUGCUGUGCAGUACCUCAGCUCUCUUCGUCGGCUUCUCUCUGUAUAACUCGCCCAACACUAUUCAAGGUCUUCAAAACCAGAUGUUCUCCAUCUUUAUGUUGUUGACUAUUUUUGGUCAACUCAUCCAACAGAUCAUGCCACAUUUCGUUGCCCAGCGUGAUUUGUACGAGGCCCGCGAACGCCCAUCAAAGGCCUACUCAUGGAAAGCUUUUAUAAUAGCAAAUAUUAUGGUUGAACUCCCCUGGAACACGCUUAUGUCCGUUUUUAUGUACCUUUGCUGGUACUACCCCAUUGGCCUGUACCGCAAUGCCGAACCUACUGAUGCCACCACUCUCCGUGGAGCGCAGAUGUGGCUCUUUAUCUGGGCCUUCCUUCUCUUCUCAUCUACCUUCGCACACUUUAUGAUUGCAGCAUUUGAGUCUGCAGAGAAUGCUGGUAACAUGGGCAACUUACUCUUCAUGCUCUCUCUUCUGUUCUGUGGUGUCCUCGCUACCCCUACCCAGCUUCCCGGUUUCUGGAUCUUUAUGUACCGCGUGUCCCCAUUCACAUAUCUCGUUAGUGGUAUGUUGUCUGUCGGCAUCUCCGGUACAGGAGUCACAUGCGCGACAAACGAGUAUCUACAUUUCGAUCCGCUCAACGGCACCUGUGGCGAGUAUAUGAAAAAGUACCAAUCCACCAUGGGUGGCUACGUCGAAAACGAGCUCGCAACCUCCAACUGCAACUUCUGCCCCAUCCGUGAGACCGACGUCUUCCUCAAAGCUGUCUCAUCCAACUACUCGGACGUGUGGCGCAACUUUGGCAUCAUGUGGGUGUUCAUCGUGUUUAAUAUCAUUGCAGCGUGUGGGUUGUACUGGUGGGUGCGAGUCCCCAAGGAAAAGAAACCAGUGGCUGCCAAAACCAGCGUCUAA